UUUUUUUUUUUUUCUAAUAUACUUAUUUGGUAGUUUAGAUUAUAUUUCAAAUAGAUGAAUCCUCAGCGAACGUCAUCUUUACCCCAACAAAAGGAUGAAGAACUAUCUCUGUCGUCUUUACAACUGGAAGAAGAGGAAGUAUUAGAUCCAGAACAACUCGCCGAACGAAGACAGCUCUUUUUUAUGUUAUUACGAACCUAUUUGGCAAUUGAAGACAAGCAAUUGAUGCUAACAAGAACUUUACACUUAUUAAACACACAAGGAUAUUAUUUGGAUGCUAUCGAAGUAUUGAGUAUUAUUCCGGAUGACUGGCCGUUGGAACGACUAGAUAACUUUUUGAUACAUUCUUUACGGCGAUCGCUACACGAUUAUCGAGAGGGCCAAGUAGUACUUGGGAUGAGUCGUGGCGAAAAUCUCAUGGUAGCCAGUGAAUUAUAUGAUAUCUUUCAACGUGUGGGACCGACCAAGGUAGAUUCUACAACCAUAUGCACGCAUUGUCAUUAUUCUAUUGGUGAUGCUAUUGAUUCUAUUGUAUGUGAUCAAGAUAAUCAAAUCUUCCAUCUGAAUUGUGCAAGAAAACGAAAUAUAUGGCAUUUGGACAAUGAUGUGAGUAGAGACGAGCAAGCAACUAAACCAAAAGCAAAUGGAACCCAACGAUACGAGAACACCAAUAUAGUGUAGUUUUCUCUAUUUUUAUUCUUAUUUUUAUCCAUUUAUUCUAUUCCCUUGUAUAUUAUAUUCCUUUUUAUCGAUGAUGAUGAUGAUGCUAAUAGAUCACUGUAUUAUUAUAAUAAAAUUCAUUAGAACAAUUUAUAAUCAUA